UUAAUUUCCAACUUCAAAUCUAAUACCCGCUUCCAUCCAUUUUUACGCUGAAGUUGAGCACCCUCCUCAUCCAUUCCUCCCCCACUUCAGCAAAAUGUGAUGCGUGGAUGAUCUGAUUUGAUACAGUUCAUGGGGUCUAUAAGCUUGAAGACAUGGGGGGCAGGGGAAGCAAUGGCUUUACAAAUGAGCUGUCAGAACAAAAGGCAGAAGCUUGUCGAUUGGAGUGAUGAUGGAGGAGAAAAAUGGGUCAAAUAUUAUUCUUCGCAUCAUCAAAUAUUGUUGGUGGGUGAGGGUGAUUUCUCCUUCUCCCUUUCCUUGGCUCAGUCCUUUGGUUCAGGUUUCAACAUCGUUGCUUCUUCCCUUGACACCUAUGAUCAAGUUGUGAGGAAGUACAAGAAGGCAACGUCAAAUUUGAUUGCCUUAACAAAGAUGAGAGCAUGUGUGUUGCAUGGAGUUGAUGCAACCCAAAUGAAAUUUCAUCCAUACUUGGAAAUGAGGAGAUUUGAUAGAAUUAUAUUCAACUUCCCUCAUGCGGGCUUUCAUGGCAAAGAAGACAACUUCUCCAUGAUUCAGUGA